GUAUACACUAUCGUGUUCACUUCUUACCGUCACUGACCGCGUUUCUCCUGUCCGUCCGAUGGUGAUGUUCAGAAUUACUUGUGAGUUUUGACAGUAUUGGGAUUUGAUUAGUUUUUCUUUCUAGUAUUACUUGUUUACAUUGACAUACUCAUCUAAGUACUUCCAAUGUGUAUAUUACGAUCGUUAAAAACAUUAAAUUGACUUACAGCCGUCGGUCUUGGUAUGAGUUUAAACCAGAGACAACAUUAAAUAAAUCGGAAGUCUUGUAAACGUAAGACAUUUUCCACUUACCAGCUUUAUGUUAUAAAUUGUGAGUUAUUUUCCUCUUGAAUUUUACCAUGUCUCCAACACCUUUGGAAGGCAAUCAGCCCAACAUGAGUAAUGGAUUACCUCCAGAUGGAUCUCUUUCUUUAUCUGUUCUAAUUGACUUUAUUGUACAGCGUACUUAUCAUGAGCUUACAGUUCUUGCUGAACUGUUACCUCGUAAACCUGAUAUGGAACGAAAAAUUGAAAUUUAUAAAUUUGCCAAUCGAACAAGACAGCUUUUUGUACGUUUAUUAGCCCUUGUUAAAUGGGCUAAUAGUGCUUCAAAAGUAGAUAAAUCUACUCAAAUAAUGGGAUUCCUUGAUAAACAGUCAUUGCUGUUUAUAGAUACUGCUGAUAUGUUAGCUCGUGUUGCUCGUGAAACUGUUGUAUCUGCACGAUUGCCCAAUUUUCAUAUUCCAUCUGCAGUUGAAGUAUUAACUACUGGUACUUUUUCACGAUUACCAGCAUGUAUUCGAGAACGUAUUGUUCCUCCAGAUAAAAUUACUUCAGCGGAAAAACGUGAAACUUUACUUCAACUUAAUAGAGUUAUUCAACACAGAUUGGUUUGUAGUAAUCUUAUUAGUGAAAUGAGUUGCAAAAAAGUAGCUAAUGGUCGAGUGACAUUUCGAGUGGAAAAUGAGUUUCAAGUAUCAUUAACUUUAAUGGGAGACAAUCCAAAUAUACCUUGGAGACUAUUGGACAUUGAAAUAUUAGUUGAAGACAAAGAAACUGGAGAAGGAAAACCCUUAGUACAUUCACGUCAGGUGCAAUACAUACAUCAAGUUGUUCAAGCAAGAUUGUUAGAAUGUUGUAGUGCAGGAGGUGAACCAUUAACUCAAGUGUACAUGAUUUUGCAUUAUUUUUGUCAAUCUUUACAAUUGGAAGUAUUAUUUUCACAAACUAGAGCUUUAUAUAAAGAUAGACUCGAAGGGCAUAUACAUAUAACAGAAUAUACUGCUGGCAAAUGUUUAGUAAUUUCUUAUUGGAGAGAACUUUCACGCAGUGUAUCUGAACAAUUUGGAUAUUCAUUGACAAUAUAUGUAGAUGACAAAGAACCUAAUAAACCUUUAGGUGUUUUACAUUCACCAUCUCUUGGAACAAAAGAUGCAGAAAUAACUGAAAAGUCAAUCGGUACGGAUUCAUUAUCUAUGGAAAGAUUAUUAGUACACACAAUUCAUGUGCGUACAAAAAUUCGUCUUUCUGAGCUUAAAGUGGAGUUAGAAAAUUUGUUAAAAGAUGUUGAAUGUACUUUGCAAGGAUCUCCUGCAAUUUUAUCUGUUGCAAUACUUAACCCAUGUUUACGCGCUGAACAGUUAUUAAUAACAGUUGACACACAUACUGGUAUGCUUCAAUGUCAUGUUCCUGAAUUCAACCCACCCAGCAUGGUAGUAUUACAACAAGCUUUGAAUAACGAACAUAGCAAAGUACCUUUACUUAUAAGUGAUUUAAGAUUUUGGAUAACUCAACGUCGGUGUGAGACAACUUUACAACAUCUUCCUGGAACAGCAUAUGAAAGAUUACCAUUAUUACAUCAUGCAGAUCAUCCUAUGUCAAAAAUAAGUCGCCAUCGUAUGUAUAUAAAACUUCAUAAAAUUUCAAAUAUGAUAUUGAUAGUAGAGUUUGCUGAAAAUGAAAAAUCACCUUGUAGAAUUGAAUAUAAAUUUUAUUUGGCUAAUGUAAAGAAAUCUUCAAUUGAAGAUAAUCCCAAUGAUGAAUCUAUUGAAGUAGAUAUACCAAAAAUGUAUUUAAAGGUUUUGACUCUAUUAACAAUUGAAAAGUUUGUUGCUACACAUGGUCCAUUUACAUCUGUUAUUGAGGAAGAUCAAGAAAAAAUUGAUCCAAAUAGUCGUAAAAGAGUAAUUGUACGUCCAGAUAAGCCUAGGAAACAACUGAAACACCCCGCUUACUUUAUACCAGAACUUGCACAUAUUGUAGCUUUAUGUGAUGAACGAUUGCCGUUUACUGUACUAGCUCAAGAACUAACAAAAUGUGGUAUCAGCAACCAAGGGGUUCAAGUUGAAGCAAAUGCUACAACUUUCGUCUUAAAAAUUUUAUCAUUACCACCUCCAUAUGGUAUUGAAGCAACAAAUCCAAAAUGGAUAUCAUUAUGUAAACGAGUUUUGUCUAUAUCUAUUAGAGUCUAUGGAAAAGGUACAACUAGAUGUUGGACUACUGAAUAUGUAUUUUAUGGAAGUCCCUUACCUAGUAGACAUAGUCGAGAACAAGGAGCUCGUAGACCAGUUUACAUUAAUUAUGAUGUUAGUGUUGCUGAAAAUAUGUCAAAAACAGUAGAGACUAUUUUAAACGAUUGGGCCCAAAUUGUACAUCUAUACUUUUUAGUGGAAGAUCUUUCGCCUUAUUUACAAUCUGAGAAAAAUAAUCUAGCAUCAAUGAUAAGUAUAAAAAGUUAUAACUAUUUGAAAUUAGUUAUAGGAUAUGGUACACAUAGACGUUCAACAGCUACUAUUCAAUGGAAUUCUUCUAAUAGUAAAUUUAAUAUAGUAUUCGGAUCACUUAACAGCAGUAUUAACCCACAUAAUUUAAUUAAAGAACAAUUUGAAGGUUAUUUGAACAGCAAUAAAAAAUUAUCCUUGCUUAUACAUGAAAUGCUUGAUACACUAAAUCCACUUAGUGCAAUUUGCAAGUUACCCUCAAUACCACAACUUUGUGUGUUACAAGUCAGACCACAAGUACCAGUUAUUACAUUCGGAGUAGUUGCAAAUUCAACAAAUUUACUUAAAGUUAUUUAUGAAGGUCAAUAUUGUUUAGAAAUCACAUUACGAUGGGGAAAUUUAGUUAGCAUUAGAGAUGGAGCUUAUAGUAGAUAUGAUAGAACGUCUGUAAUUUCAGAAUAUACACCGACACCAGGAUUAAAAGCAUUUUUAUCUAAGUAUGUAGAUGAGACAAAUGUAUUUAGACGACGAUCUCAGUCUGAAGAUGAUAAUCCCCCUUCACCAAUCACUAUGGAUAAUGUAGAGAGUAACUUUUUAAGUGGUUCAUCGCAUAGAGGUCCUCAAUCACCUGCACAAGGUCUAAGGUUUCAUUCUGCUGGUAAUACAACACCAGGAAGUAAUCCACAUACACCUGCAAGUCCGCAUCCUGCAGUUGGUGUAUCAAGUAUGUCUCAAAAUCCUCAACAGCAGUUUAACAAUAGUCCAGUGACUACAUUUAAUUUGGCAUCUCCUCCAUCAUUACCAUCAAAUAUCAAUCCCUCCCCUUCAAUGUUACCACAUCCUUCACCAGGUUCAAGUUUAUUGGCUAGUUCUCCAUCUAAUCCUAUGCAUGUACCUAGUCCUGCAGGAAUGUUACCAAACUCAUCACCAGGCCCAGGUUCAGGAUUUGGUUUGAGUUCAAGCACUCACCCACCUGAAGUGAGUCCAUUUCCAUCUCAAAGUAUGACAUCACCUGCUGCAUCUAAUUGGCCUGGUUCUCCAGGAUUACCUCGACUAUCUCCAGCCAGGGCUCAAGGACAAUCGCCGGCUGGUCAUUCUUUACAAAGUCCUGACCAUAAGAGUGGUUAUGGUCAUACAUCUAGGGUACUUCCUCAAAAAUCUUGGGCUGGAGCAGUGCCUACCAUUAUUACACAUGAAGCAUUAAAUGCUUUAUGUACACCAACUGCUCACCCACAAGGUCUGCCUGCUCCCAAACAGUGUCCUUUGGAAAGGUUUUUAGGUUGCGUUUACAUGAGAAGAAAUCUUCAAAGAUUUGUUCAAACUGAAGAAAAUUUGAUUGCUCUAAGUUCCUCUGAGCCAGGUGUUGUAAACUUUAAAGUUGAAACACUGCAAUGCCGAGCUUUUAUAAACAUGCAACAUUUUCAGUCAUUACAUUUAAAAAUAUCUUGUAUUCCAGAGCCAAAAGAUCCAUGGAAUGUCGAGGAGUUAAAUAUUUUAGAAAAAUUUUUUGAAACUAAAGUAGCAAUACCACCAUGUAAGCCAAACACAUUGCUUGGUUUUACUAGGAUGUUGAACUGCCCAUAUACAGUACUUAAGGACUUUAUACAAAUAAUGAAAUUAGAAAUGAUUCCUGGACUUAUUCAACAACAACAAAUGAAAUGGACAGUUCAAUGGUGUCUUAGAAUACCACCAUCAGCUACUCCAAUUGUGCCUGUUGGCAAAGAAGCUCUUUUAAUUUGUAGGAAUAAAAUUUUAUUCUUUUUACAAAUCACUAGAAUUGGAAUUACAUACAAUAGUAAUGAAGUGCCUUCUUUAGUUCUUCCCCUAGUUUAUGAUACUGCUACUAAUCUAACACAAUUGGCCGAAAAAAGAGAUGCUGGUCCAGCAUCAGCAAUAUCUGCAGCCAGUCUACAUAUGAAAAGAUUUGCUGAAUUUGCCCUCAAUCAUAAUGAGUGUUCUAUAUUUCCAGCAAUUCGAGAUUUAAUGUCAAAUUUUGUACUCCCUUCUGAACCACAACCACAAAUGUCGCCUGCAUCAAUGAACAUGCACCCACAAAUGAAUACUGGUGGACCAGUUCCUUCCCCAUUAAUGGGACAACACAUGAUGAAUCAGAAUCCUGGAAUGGUCGGACAAAAUCCUAAUAUGGUUGGUCCAAAUCCUAAUAUGGUAGGUUCAAAUUCUAAUAUGGUUGGACCAAAUCCUAACAUGGUUGGACAGAACCCUAAUAUGGUUGGACAAAAUCCCAAUAUGGUUGGACAAAAUCCAAACAUGGUUGGACCGGGAUGUAACAAUUAUGGUGGUGUACCAAUGUCAGCUAUGGGACCUCAACAUGGUAUGAUGCCUAAUCAUCAGUGACAUAAAGCUUAUUAUUCAACGUAAACAAACUAGUUUAAGUAAAUGUUAUUUUACAUUUCUUUUUAUGUACAUUUAUAAAAAGCAAUGUAAUAUUGGUGAUUAUUGUGUAUUUGUAUUAUAACAUAUUGUAUCUAA